CCAGCGACCUGCUGUCCGACACCGACACGGCGAGAGGACGGACACCGAGCGAGGUCUCCGCAGCCGCGGGGAUGUAAAUGAGACGGGCCCGGGCUUCAGCGGGACGGAGGACAGCUCGUCAGAGAAUGCCCCAGCUCGUCCACCGUUAGCCCUCAGAUUUACAUUACCCAGCACUGAGUCGUGAUUGUUUAAUAUAUAUAUAUUUAUUUAUUUUUAUUUGGAAGAGGAUUGGACUUCGGUAAAACGUCCUCCAGCCAGCAUGCCCCCUCCUCAGAGCCUCCAAUCCAGCGGUCUGACCCUCUCAGAAACGAGCAUUGGAUCCUUUAAGAGAAGAAAGAGGAAAUCCAUAAUUGUGACGGUGAUGCUGCUCAUUGUGUCUGUGCUCAUCCUCAUCUUCGGCCUGGCAGCGACUACCAGGACACAGAACAUCACGGUGGGCGGCUACUACUCAGGAGUCAUCCUGGGCUUUGGCUCUUUUCUGGGAAUUAUCGGCGCUCAUUUGAUAGAGAACAAGAGGCAGAUGUUAGUGGCAUCCAUUGUCUUCAUCAGCUUUGGAGUGGUGGCUGCCUUCUGCUGUGCCAUCGUCGAUGGAGUAUUUGCAGCGAGGCACAUUGACCUCAGGCCUCUGUACGCGGGUCGCUGUGCUUAUCACACCAGUGACACGGCGUCUGAGCAUGAUGUGCCAUGUCAUACAGGCACAUCCUGUAACCUGCGAGUGAAGAGCAACACCUGCUACUGCUGCGACCUCUACAACUGCGGGAAAGAACAUCCUCUUAUGGGACCUCAGAAUAAAGAUGUUUUGAAAAAGUUUAAGAAAUCAUCCAUGAUUUGGAAGCCUAGCCGUGUUGAGUUAAUGGGAGGCUACCAUGAAUAUACAGAUGUGAAAAGCUGCCAGGACGUCAUACACCUCUACCACCUCUUGUGGUCAGCUACGAUCCUCAACAUCGUGGCCCUCUUCCUGGGGAUCAUUACUGCUGCAGUGCUGGGAGGCUUCAAAGACAUGACACCUGCUCCUGCCUCAGAGAGCACAUCUGAACCAGAGGCCAUCACAGCUCCAGUCCCCUCAGAGAUUCCCCCGCCCGCCACGUCUCUCAACCCAUAUUACAACACUGCCCCCUGCCUGCCACCAUACUCGGCCUACGACCUGCAGGGCUCCUAUGUGUUCCCUGACUCUUCAGGCCUGUCAGACGAUUCCCAGUCUGGAGCCAGCCACCUCUGGCCUACAAUGAUCCCUCCACGCUACUCCCCUCCUCACAACCUUCCAGAUGAGAAGCCCCCACCAUACAGCCCGUAAGACAGCUGCGAGAAAAGGAAACACCUGAAACAUCAUCGGGUGUUUGCACAGUUCCUCUGGACUUUUCUUCAUAAUCCUUCAGAAGAGUGUUGAAGAAAAAGAGGCGAGGAAGGGGAGGAGAGCCACAGAGCACACUAACUUUGAGUUCAGCCCAAGGCGAGGGAGAAAGCAUUCGUCUCCCUGGGCACCGCUCACACUCUUCUGGCCUGCACUGUGUGUGUUUGUGCACAUGGACAUCGAGAGAGACAACCUGGUCAAAGCCAGGACUGUUUACACAUCUAUCUGCCUUAUGCAACGUAAACAGACUUCCAGUUAGAUGUAUUCUGUGAAAGGACAAAACAACAGAGCUCAUGCUUUACAUUCACCUCUCUUUUGCAGAAACUGUAAAUGCUUCCUUCCUCAAGAUGGAGAUCCAGUCCUCACUGGGAGGAUGAGUACAGCUACAUGUGCAAGGUCGACGUUGAGCUAGGUGAAAGCUUUGGCAUAUUUCUUAAAAUCUGAAUCAGCUAGAUAAUUCCAAACUUAAAAAUUGUAGGCCCAGGCGUUUGUUUCUGUAGCAGUUAAUAGUGUCCCUGUGCAUUAUUACAGGCAGAGUUAGCAGUACUGGAGGUAUUACAUGCUCAUAAUGUAUGUGCAGCAGUAUAAUAUACAGUAGGCCUAGCAUAUACAAACAGACCAAGAUUCCUAUUUAUCAAAUCUUAACAUUAUGUUUAAGAAUAUCCUGAUCAGUGCGUGGCAAACUUUGCAGAGCAGCAUUAAUGAAGAAAUAAGCUAUUGUACCUACAGUAGUUGUUGAGGAUAAACAGAUACCAGUUACACUCCAAACCUUAUUUACUGUGUUUCCACUAAAAGCAGCAAAGCAGGUAAGCAUCAUAUAUGUGUCUCUCUCUUUGUCAAGUAGCAGUAGUAGCACGUUUGUGUCAGAAGGGUCUUUCCAUAUAAAAUCAGUCAAAGCUGAUCCACCGAAUCUGCUGAGGGUUUGUUGUGCAGACAAAGAAAAAUAACUGAAAUCCAUCUUCAAGAAGCAAAAAAAGGUCCAGCAUGAUCAUUUCAGUAGAUUAGACAGAAUCUAAAAUUAUCAGACACCUACCAAAGGCUGCAACUUCACAAGUGUUAUACAACACUAGAUGUCAGUUUUCAAACAUAAGGAAUGACGGCUAGAGGCUGAGGCUGAUAACUAAAUGGAGGGAAAAAUGAAACGUUUCAUAAGCUAUUACUUGUUUGAAAUCCUACAAAGUGAUAUGACCAUUUAAAAGUUACCCACAAUGCAAUUUUUGAGGUUUUCUCCAAUGAAUUCUCAGAAAACAUCCAAGAUACCAACAACACUUGUUUCUGUUCCUCGCGUGCAAUUUGGACUGGAGCUAUCACAUGAUACUGAUUAGGUAUAUUGAUUAUAGAGAAACAGAUCAGACCAAAAAUGUAAAUUUAGCUUUGGAUCCUGUACUGAAAUUUCACCUGGUUAGCUCCAGUACUUAAGAAGUGAAAUAAUAAGACCAUCUAAGAAUACAAAUGUGAGUGUGGCCAUCAUUAAAGCCUGUGGUCGAUAGCAAUCAGUUUGCAAGUUUAAGUCUACUUGAAUUUAUUUACACAAAACCAAACACUCAGCAGUUAAUGGUUAUAGACAGAAAAGUGUGGCAUACAGUAACCAAUUAAUAUACACAUUAAAACGUUUAUAGAUUAUUAUAAUAUGUACAAUUAAAAUAACUGAAUUGGCAGAUUCAUAAAAUCUAAUUUAAUCUUCUAGGACACUGCUUGCAGAUACAAUGACCAAUAAGUCUCCAUGCCUGUAUGCCAUUUUUAGUCUCUAUUAGCCUUCCCACAUAACAAAAUCCCCAGCACAUGACACAUAUGCUGACAUUCAUGUAGAUUUUUUUUUUUUUGAGUUUUUAGUGGCUCAGCACCCGUUAAUCCGAUUUCUCAUUCACUUAAAAAGCUUUUUUUGAUCUGCCCUCAUGUACGUUAAUCUGAACAUUUUAUAGUACAAAGGAAACAUUUUCCCUUAAGUUAUUGUGCACAUUAAACUAUCUGCUUCUUAAGGGGUUCAGGUUGGAGCCUCUCUCUGAUUUUUCUUUUUCUAUGGAAUGACCCAGGUGUUUGUAAGGCUCAGUGUGAACAGUCAAUGCUGGAUUCGCUGAUAUGAAACCUCGUCAAUGUCCAAGAAAGCAGUCACUGUCAGCUUUGAUCACGGCUUUUCCAAAUUUAAACUGCACAUUCUUAUUCGUCACGUCAUUAAAACUUGUUUUAUGUAA